AUGAAUGCUUUUGGCUUGAUACCAACUGGCCUCAUACUGUUGUGCACCACCACCAUCUCCUGUCUUUGGUGUAAUCACCUUCCUCUGCAGCAAAGGAAGGUGAUUCAGAACAGCCUACAACUUUUGGACAAAAUGGGCAACAAGUUUCCUCAGCAAUGCCUGAAAGAAAAAAUGUUCUUCAGCUUUCCUGAGCAGGUUCUAAAACCCAGACAGAAAGAAUCUGUCAAAGUGGCCAUUGAGGAGAUCUUCCAACACAUCUUCUAUAUCUUUAGCAGAAACCUGACGCUAGCUGCUUGGGAUGGGGCAGCUUUAGAACAAUUCCAAAAUGGACUUUAUCAGCAAAUUGAGCAAUUGGAGGUAUGUGUGAUCAAGAAGCAGACCCACUCCUUUCGGAGUAAAGAAGUCAACAGGCUGAAACUGAAAAAGUACUUCCAAAAAAUAGACUGUUUUCUUAGAGAUAAGCAACACAACCUUUGCUCCUGGGAGAUCAGUCGUGCAGAAAUGAGAAAAUGUCUUCAAAUGAUUGAUAACGUCAUAUGGAAGCUUAACAGCUAA